AUGUCUUUGAAGCAGAUUGAGAAGCGUAGAGCCGUCUUUAAGCCUCUUCUGGAGAACCCGUUCCCGGCUGUGGAAUUCCCUUUUAUAGAGCAGGAAUUACAAGGCCAUAUACUAGAAUUUCUGCUGAAUCAACUACAAGAGGUUUCACUAUGGAAUGGCAUUAAAGGCGACGACAAACCACCAAAGCCGGAGAUCUUGAAGGAGAUGACCAUAGGAUUCAACUCGACGGUGAAGUCCUUAGAGGCUCAAGCUAGACCACACAAAAAGCACCUGGAAAAGAAGAUACGAUACGUGUUUGUCUGUAAGCCUGAUAUCACGCCGCAGCUGCUCAUACAACAGUUCCCUGUGCUCUGCUACACAGCCUCCCGUGGAGUCAAGGUGAAGCUCAUACAGCUCCCAAGAGGCUCAGCUUCACAACUAGGAGAGAAAUUGGCCAGACGGUGCACCAUCUUAGGUAUGUUUGAUAACGAUAUCAUACCCACAAGCUUCAAGACAUUGUUAGAAUCAACUCCAGAUGUACAGGUACCCUGGUUGGAGGAGGUUAAACUACGUGAACUUAACGUGAAAAUGCUGGAGACCUCUGCUCCAAUCAAAGUACAGAAGAAGAACAAGGUUGAGAAGAAGAACAAGGUUGAGAAGAAGAACAAGGUUGAGAAGAAGAACAAGGUUGAGAAGAAGAAGAAGUAG